AAUGAAGAAGUACUUGACCUGUUCGAUUCAACACGUGAUAUUGAUUCAAAGAACAAAAAGUCAAAUAUCAAAAUCCAUGAAGAUUCAGCAGGAGGAAUAUAUACAGUGGGAGUCACAACACGGACUGUGAACGCAGAAUCAGAGCCAAACAGUCAUGAUAGCUUGUAUAAGCCCUUCCGACAGAGACUUCAUGGAAACGUUGAACACCUUAAAGUAUGCCAACCGAGCAAGAAAUAUCAAGAAUAAAGUGAUGGUUAAUCAGGACAGGGCUAGUCAGCAGAUCAAUGCUCUGCGGAGUGAGAUAACUCGAUUGCAGUUGGAACUCAUGGAAUAUAAAACGAGCUAAGCUACUCGAAAGCGAAGCAGUGAAUGAAAACCUUCGGCGCAACUUGUCAAGAGCUUCAACAAGGUCAACAUUCUAUGGUGGAUCCUCAGCAUUUUCUGCUUCGAUGCUUCCCUCUGAUAAGGAGACGAUUGAAAUCCUGGAUAUGGCUAAAAAAGAUUUAGAAAAACUGAAGAAGAAAGAAAAGAAGAAGAAAAAGAGUUCUAUUAAAGAAGAAAACACAGAUAAUGAGCAGGAGAAAAAAGAUGAAAAGGGCAUUUCUGAAAGAGAAAACAAUGACCUAGAAGCAGAAGAUGGGCGUGAACAAAGCGAUAAUGAGGAUGACGACGAAGAAGAUGAUGAUGAUGAAGAUUUGGAGGUGGUUGAAAGUUCAGAUGAAUCAGAUUCUGAUUCUGAUGAAAAAGUGAAUUAUCAGGCAGAUUUAGCAAAUAUUACAUGUGAAAUUGCCAUAAAACAGAAGCUCAUUGACGAACUAGAAAAUAGCCAACGAAGGCUUCAGACUUUGAAAAGGCAGUAUGAAGAAAAGCUAAUGAUGUUGCAGCAUAAAAUUCGAGAUACACAGCUUGAAAGAGACCAGGUGCUUCAGAAUAUGGGUUCGUUUGAUGAAACAAAUGAAAGAAGAACAAGAGAAAGCCAGGAUGAAUGAAUCUAGGAGAAACAAAGAGAUUGCACAGCUUAGAAAAGAACAGAGGAAACGAGAGCAUCAGCUAAAACUUCUGGAAUCCCAAAAGAGGAAUCAGGAAAUUAUUCUACGCCGCAGGACUGAAGAGGUUACAGCUCUUCGUAGACAAGCCAAACCUAUAUCUGAUAAAGUGUCCGGGAGAGUGAGUCGGAAGCUGAGUCUACCUGAGCACUCAAAUCAAGAAGCUUCAUCCUCAGUAGACAGUGAUGGAUCAAAAGGGAUCCCGCAACAGAAGAUGAGAAUACCAGUAGCAAGAGUCCAGGCAUUGCCAGCAACCAAUGGAACCAAGAGCAAAUAUCAAAGGAAAGCUAUGACUUCAAGAGUUUACACUUCCAAGAAUGCAAGAAUGAAAUGGCAGUUACUUGAACGGAGAUUAACAGAGAUUAUUAUGCAGAAGAUGACCAUAUCUAAUAUGGAAAGCGAUAUGAAUAGAUUAUUGAAGCAACGUGAAGAACUUACCAAAAGGAAAGAAAAGGUUUCCAGGAGAAGGGAGAGAAUAAUCAAAGAGGGUAUCCCAGAUACUGAUAAAACCAUCCAUAAUAUCAAUGAAGAGAUGGAGUCGCUAAUGGCCAAUAUAGAUUACAUCAAUGAUAGUAUUUCUGACUGCCAAGCAAAUAUCAUGCAAAUGGAAGAAGCUAAGGAGGAAGGAGACACUUUAGAUGUUACAGCUGUUAUUAACGCCUGUACUCUGACUGAAGCUCGUUAUUUACUUGAUCAUUUCCUUACUAUGGGCAUUAAUAAGGGUCUCCAAGCAGCUCAAAAAGAGGCGCAGAUCAAAGUUCUUGAAGGACGCCUUAAGCAAACGGAAAUCACCACUACUACCCAAAACCAACUCUUAUUUCACAUGUUGAAAGAGAAAGCAGAAUUAAAUCCUGAACUAGAUGCUUUACUGGGCCACGCAUUACAAGACCUAGAUAGCAUACCAUUGGAAAACGUGGAAGACAGUACUGAUGAAGAUGCUCCUUUGAAUAGCCCCGGGGCUGAAGGAAGUUCUUUAUCUUCAGAUCUUAUGAAACUUUGUAGUGAAGUCAAGCCUAAAAAUAAGGCACGCCGUCGGACAACAACCCAGAUGGAACUGCUUUAUGCUGAUAGUGGUGAUUUAACAUCAGAUGUCAGUGCUGGAGAGUCGGCUGUGUCGAGUCCCCUUACAUUGGUUGCAGAAGCUCAAGAAAGUGGCAUGGAUUUGGACACGAAAGAACCUUCUGCCAGAGACAGAGAGGCCCUUUUGUUGCAGUCACCCUUGUCUUCUAAGGCUGCCAGCAUGUCCAAACAAUUAUCAUCUCCAACAGACAAAAAAAUACCAGAACCUUCACCUGGAUCAAAGAGAAAAAACUAUGAUAAAUCUGUAGAUAAGGCAAAGUCAAAAGAACAAAAACACUCAGAUUCUGGAACUUCAGAGGCUAGUCUCUCACCUCCUCCUUCCCCACCAAGCCGGCCCCGUAAUGAACUGAAUGUUUUUAACCGUCUUACUGUUUCUCAGGGAAGCCCAUCAGUUCAGAAGGAUAAGUCUGAUGAAAGUGAUUCUUCUCUGUCGGAGGUACACAGAGGCAUAAUCAACCCAGUUACUUCAAAAUGUAUCCGACCCUCCCCAGUUCAGUGUAUCUAUAUUGCUGAAGGUCACAUGAAGGCUGUGCUUUGUGUUGAUUCUACCGAUGAUCUUCUCUUCACUGGAUCAAAAGAUCGCACUUGUAAAGUAUGGAAUUUGGUUACCGGACAGGAAAUCAUGUCUCUGAGUGGUCACCCUAACAAUGUUGUAUCUGUAAAAUACUGUAAUUAUACUAGUUUGGUGUUCACAGUCUCAACAUCUUAUAUUAAGGUGUGGGACAUCCGCGAUUCUGCUAAAUGUAUCCGAACACUAACAUCUUCAGGCCAGACAAUGCCAGGGGAUGCUUGCUCUGGAAAUACCAAUAGAACUGUUACAAUUCCAGCUGGUGAGAACCAGAUCAAUCAGAUUGCCUUAAAUCCAACAGGCACUUUUCUAUAUGCAGCUGCAGGAAACGUGGUCAGAAUGUGGGACCUGAAGAGCAAGUUCCUAAUGCUCACAAGGAUUGGGUUUGCGCUCUUGGUGUUGUUCCUGAUUCCUCCGUGCUGUUGAGCGGCUGCCGAGGAGGCAUUCUGAAGCUCUGGAAUGGAGACACAUUUGCCCCAAUCAGUGAACUAAAAGGACACGAUAGUCCUAUUAAUGCCAUCUGCUCCAAUUCCAGCCAGAUUUUUACUGCAUCUGA